AAUCAGUUUAGUGUGUGUAAUCAUUCUGUGGAUAGUGCAGUGCAGACAUACAAAAUGAUCGGAAUAAUAUUACCUCUUAUGCUGUUCUUAGGCAGUGCCGUGGCAGAUUUUCAUGGUGUUGAUCCGAACACCUUAUCAUGCGAUCCAACAGGACAGACCUUUCUCCUUCUACCCCACUUUACCAACUGUAGCAGAUUCUUUAUCUGUGCCCACGGUCAAGAGGUGGAGAUGAGUUGUGCUGGCGACACAAUGUUUGAUUUUCCCAUCCAGUCCUGUAACCACGCGUGGGCGACUGAAUGCUACCUUCGUGACAGGAAUGAUGUAGAAAUCGAGUCUGGUUCAGGAGAAGAGGAGUUCACUGACAUCAGUUCAAACACUGAAUCCUUCGUGCCAAUCGUCAAGAAGCUAGCAGAAGUACAGCCAGCAAAUACGCUGCUCAAUUGUAACGACAUCAACGUCGCUUCUCGAAGAUUCUCUUAUAACGGUGACUGCCAAAGAUACUGGCGCUGCGUAGAAGGUGUUGCCAUAGCGCAAUACUGUUCUGACGGGCUAUUCUUCAACGAAUACAAACAACAAUGCGACUUCGAAGCGAACGUUAAAUGCGAGGAUCAAAUAGAUGACGAAUUGAGCACCGAAUUCAUUGUUUACAAAUAAACACGCACUGAAUUUGAUAAAUUACGGAACGCUACAACCGUUAUACUAUUUAACCGUUUACAGGGCCGCAGAAGAAAAAAAAAAGAAAACAACCCAACUGUCAGUGUCAAAUUUCAACAAUGACGUUUAUAUGUCGCUUUGAACAUGCCUUUAUUUGUAAAUAAAAACGUAAAAAUCUUGUAAAAAUAAUAUCGAGCGAUUUUAUAAAAAUCAACGAAUAAAUAUUUAUAUAAUUGAAUGAA